AUGCACUUUCCAGCUUUUCCCGCCGUCGGCGCAUCCCAGCAAUGGCAGCUCUCCGUCGAUAAUCUGAAGCGGCUCAAUUCCGGUAUCACCUGCCCCAAUCUCGAUACGAGCAAGCUGUACUGCGCUUCAAACACCACUGAGACCGCCCCGACCAACUCACCUACUAUGCCUGGGACUGCAGCCAAUUGUGAUAGCUUCCACCUGGUCUUAUCCGGUGACCAAUGUGACACCAUUGCUGCCAAGUACGGUAUCAGCGAAGCCCAGUUCAAGAGCCGGAACAGUAAGGUUAAUGACCAAUGCAGAAACCUUUGGCUGGACUACUACGUCUGCGUGCACGUUCCUGGCGCAACCAAAAAUUCGGCACCCAAGCCAACAGCUGAUCCUACGGGCCCCACGCCCUAG